AUGAACAGACACGAGAAAUAGGAAGUCGAAUCAGGAUUGCGUAAUCUUUUGGAGGAAGUAUUGAGAGUUUAAAUAAUUAAAUCAGAUGAUGAUAUUUAGUAAUGAGAAGAUCUCUGGGAUCGAGCACUGUAAUUGUCAAGAUCUAAUACAGCGAAUAAGCAAGUAGUUUCGAUAACUCAAGAACAGCAAUCUGGAAUACAAAAAGUUGGAGUCCGUAUUGUAAUAAUAGGAAGCGGACAUACGCAAUCACAUAAGUGUAUGAAGACAUUUUUAAUUUUAGUUAGAAUAGCAGAUGAAGUUAUAUUAGGACGGCCUUUAAUCAAAAUUGGAGGAGGCAAAUCAGGAAGUCAAGAGACUCCAGUCGGAAGUGUAUAAAUUGAAGAAAUCUAAGUAUGAGUAAAGUAUGAUAGUUGUUAAUCAGAAUCGAAGAAAAAGGAUUAGAGUCACGAUGGGUCUACUUCUUAUCGACAGGGUUCUCCAAAGAAGCAAUCCUCCUUCUCUCAACAUGGAGGGUACGCUUCCCAUAGAAGUUCAUGUGAUGAACUCUUUAAGAGAUACAAUAAAUUGCUGUAACAAUAGUAGGCCUCGAUAAGUCAACGAUCAAAUAACAUAUAGAUUAGUUAGUAUAUGAUGAAGGGACGACAGACACUGGCAGAAAUCGUUAACAUUCAACCAAGCAGGAGUCAGACAAAACAUAAUAGCAGUAGUGUGAAUAAGAGUGGAUAUAACAAUUCAAUCAAUUCAGAGGCAAUAAGAAACUUGUUGAAAAUGAAAUGA